UGAACUUGAAACGUGCAGAAUAAUGCACAUGCUUGGGGAAGCACCUGAAGCCCUUUCCAUCAUACCCCACCUUCGUUAGCGCUCACCUGUAUUUUGGGUAAACAUUUGGAACAAACCUGUCCGUCGACUUCAUCUGGUGACCCGCUCUAUGUAACCGGGAUACAAAAACACUUGGACACAGACGUAUACCAGGACACCAUCAGAGCACACAGCUUCAUGCCUUUGAGGUGGAAAUGGCCUCCCCAACAUCUAUCUCAGAGGAGGAUUUCUCCUGCCCUGUGUGCUGUGACAUCUACAGGGACCCUGUCAUCCUCCUGUGCAGCCACAGCUUCUGCAGAGGUUGCUUGUACCAGUUCUGGAAGCAGAAAGGAAUCCGUGAGUGCCCUGUGUGCCGGAGAAGAUCCUCCAGGAAUGUCCCCGCCACCAACCUGGUCUUGAGGAACCUGUGUGAGACAAUCUUGAAGGAAAAAGAUCAGAGACGUCAGUCAGUAGUAGGGCCACCGAGUCCAACAGAGUCUUCAUGCAAGUUGCCAGUGGGAGCGGAGAGCACGUGUGGGAAGAAGACUCCAGGAGAUGUGGAGGGGCAGUGCAGUAUACACGGGGAGAAGCUCAAACUGUUUUGUCUGCAGGACCAGCAGCCUGUGUGUGUGGUAUGUCGAGACUCAAGAAAACAUAGCCACCAUGAUUUUCAGCCCAUUGAUGAGGCAGCUACGGAUGUCAAGGAGGAGCUCAAGAGUAAACUCAGGCCCCUGCAGGACAAGCUGAAGACCUACAGAGAUGCCAAGGUGAUGUUUGACCAAACGGCAAAGCACAUAAAGUGUCAGGCCAAGCAGGCGGAAAAGCAGAUUAAGGAGGAGUUUGAGAGCCUUCAUCAGUUUUUGCGGGAUGAGGAGGCUGCCAACAUGGCUGUGCUUAAGGAGGAGGAAGAGCUUAAAAGUCAGAUGAUGAGGAAAAAAACUGAGGAGAUCAACAAAGACAUACUGAGUCUGGCGGAAACCAUUAAAGCCAUUGAAAAAGAAAUGGAUGGAGAAGACAUCACAUUGUUGAAGGUAAAGGAUAUCAUCUCUACUGCAAUGGAUACACAACUAUGCAAAAGUUACAAUUACAUAUGUUGCAGUUUUUUCAAAAAAAAUGCUAUAGGCUUAAUCCUUCGUUAUCAUUCCAGAAUCCAGUGCACGCUUCCUGCUCCUACACCAAUUCCUGGCGCCCUCGUCAAUGUGGCAAAGUAUCUUGGAAAUCUGAGGUUUAGAAUCUGGCAGAAGAUGCAGGACAUAGUCCAAUACAGCCCUGUGACUCUGGACCCAAACACGGCCAACCCUUGCGUGUUCGUCUCUGAGGAUCUGACCUCCAUCAGCUACAGCGACAAAGGCCAGCAGAUCCCCGACAACCCAGAGAGGUUUAACUACUGGGAGUUUGUGCUGGGCUCCGAGGGCUACACCUCAGGUCAACACGGCUGGGAAGUGGAGGUGGGCGAGAGCACACUCUGGGCCUUGGGGGUGACCAACGAGUCGGUCCAGCGGAAGGGUGAGACGCUGUUCAAGAGUGGCGUCUGGGGCGUGGGCUACUACAACGGUGAAUAUGGGGCGAGUUCUUCCGUCGACCCUCCAACGCCCAUCACUGUGAGCUCCAAACUCCAGAGGAUAAGAGUGCACCUAGACAGGGAUGGGGGAAAUGUGUUGUUUUCAGACCCCAUUGGUAAUGUACCUCUGCACACCUUCAGCCAUGCCUUCAAAGAGAGAGUCUUCCCCUACUUCAGCAAUUACUGUGAACGCUGCCCCUUGAAGAUCAUACCGGUGGAUGUCUCUGUGGCAGUGCAGCCUCAACAAAAACAAACCACACAAAAAACCUGUAAUUAGCAAUUACAUUGAAUUUGGUUUGGUAUGUACAGCACAAUUGCCGCUGCCAUUGAUGGACACAGUAUGCAAUAUAAUUUGAUAUUCUGGCAGGAGCCAAAGAUCAUAAUGUACUAUCUUUAUUAAAGCUUUGUUCUAUGUUCUUAUGACAUGCAGAAAAAAAAUCAGCUGUACGGACUGAAAUUGUAAACAUUGGUUAUACUUGCUGUGCUUGUCACACCAUUUAUGUUGGACAAGUGCGUUCUUAGCAUCAGGUUAGGUUUAGGAUUAAUGUUAUGAGAUAACAUUAUAGUUACAUACUGUAAGUAGAUUCAAAAAUUAACUGCAAGAUUGUGUGUCUGUCUGAUUUGUGUGUGUGCUGUGGUCUGUGGGUGCCUCAUUGUAUUCCUAGGCCAUGCGCUUUUUGUUUGUUUGUGUUCUUGUGCCAUGUGCUUCGGUGUUCCACAUUGUAUGCAUGACUUCCAGCAAUUGUUUAGCUCUGCCUCUGUUUUUGUCCUGACGUGUGCUGUGGAAAGUGAGGAUUGUGGGGGGUAUACGUAUAACACCUCUGGAUAGAAGCGCAGACAUAAAAGCACCUGUAAAUCAUGUAAAUGUAUACUAUAAAUAUUUUAAAAUGCAAGAUGGCUUUCCUGAGCCUAUGUAUAUAAAGUAGACAUUUCUAAUGAGGUUGGUCAAGAAUAAUACAUUCGAAAUGAUUAUUCACAUCUUAGAUUUUCUCAGCAUUGGUUGGAAUAAAUUACUAACCGAUCAAUAUGCCGAUGUCUCUCUUCGAUACAGUAUAACCAGUGUGGUCUUCACAACAUGCCCAUUCGCCUGUGCCAAUAAGGCCAUACCACACAGGUCACAGAGGACCUCAGGAAUGUCAAUAAUGCAUUCAUUAAACAUAGCUUCAAAAGGCUGCCACCCAUGUUGUUCCCAAGCCUGUGUGAAUUAUUCCAUUCAUUGCCAGUAGCCUAUUGUUGGUGGGCCUAAAAUCAAACUGAUGCCCUGAAAUCAUUUUUAAUGUAUACUGUAAUUACAAAUAAAUAGGCAUACGUAUAUGCCA